AUGAUGCUACAUUAAUAAUUAAUUAAAGUAUUUAUCAAUAAUAAGCAGAUUUAAGUUUUUCGUUUUGACUUGCAAUUGAAGAAGCAAGCAAUGCAGACUAAUUGGUUAUAGAUUAUUGUGAUGCAGUUGCUAUAGAAGUUACAUUUAAAGUUUAUAAAAGUGUUUCAGAUACGGAUAAUAAGACAUAUUGUGUUGAAAUAGGAUCUCAUAUAGCUUUUAUGUGAAAAAUUCAAAAAGAAAAUCAAGAUUUGUAUUUAUCUAAACACUACAUUACAAGCUUAAAGAAUUAUCCAGUUACUUGAGAACAAUACAAUAACCCUUCAGAAUAUGGCAAAAAUGAAAAGAUUCAAAUCAAAUUAUAUAGGCAAAAGCCAAUUAUAAAAACUCUAUGAAGAUCAUAAGGCCACCAUAUUUCUAAAUCCAGAUUGUUAAGGGAUAGAAGUCUUUUAUUUUGUGCUCAACAUUACAAAUAGUGCAAUAUUGAUAAUCGAAAUACAGAUUUUGAAGGUUGCAGUUUCUUAUGUGUUCUUUGGUAAAAUAGAGUCUAAAUUAUAAUGA